AUGCAGCCGCGGCUCACUCUGGUGCUGGCCCUUGUGGCCUGCAGUGCAGUGUCAGUUUGCGCAUCUGGCAACCUGACCCCUGAGAACUUUGAUUGGGACCAGGUGCUCACCGCGCCCCGCGUGCCCCUGGUCAAGAUUCCCUCCCUGGCACCCACACUGCUGGAGAUGUUCAAGCUUGGCGGCGUCAAGGGCGAUGCACCCCAGAACAAGACAAACAACCCCGCGCUCAUCAAGCUGUCCACGCUGAUGCCCAAGCUGCCAAUCAUCCCCUCCUUUGACGCCCCCAAAUUCAACGCCUCCACGACUGACGCGGAGGUGCAGGGAAACGUGACCGCCGCUGUUGCCGCGCUGCGUGUCCCCCUGGUUGAGAGCGUGAUGCUGCCCCAGUACGUGGCGGGCCUCAAGGCUCGCAUCGGCGGCGAGGCGUCGUGGCUCGACUCCAUGGCCAACGACACCGCAUCCCAGCAGCGGCUGUGCGCGAUGAUGCCCCAGUUCGCGCAGCGCUGCGUCCAGUUCCUGACGCACGUGCAGCGUGCCAAGGUGCAGGCGCUGAGCGCGUCAUUGGGUGUGCUGCAGUCCAUGGAGGCGCAGCUCAACACCGACCUUGCCACCAAGCUCGCGGCCUUCAACCUGGCGUCCAGCCAGGCGGUCAACGGCAACUGGCUGUGCAACCUGGCCGCCGCCCUGGACCAGGACAUCAAGGCCGGGGCCGGCAGCAGCACCAGCGGAGCCUACGCGGCCAAGGCCACCAGCGCUGUUGAGAAGCUGCGCGACUUUGUCAGCGGCAGGUGGGAGGUCAGCCCGUGGUGGAGGAUGCAGGCCGACACUCAGCUGCCCAAGCUGGUGGCGACGUGCCCCAUCACGCUGUGA